GCGACCAAAAGUUUAGUUACCAACCAUCAACACAAACACAUCCGCCGCUUACCUCCAUAACUCCACUUUAUCUUCUUCCCCUUAUCUGAGGUAUAUCUCCAAUCGAAAUACCGGCAGCAUGAGGGCUCUUCCAUUCCACGAGUUCUCCACUGCCAGGCCGACCUGGCAGCCCAGCACAAGACGCGGUGGGCCAGAGCCGAGACCCGCGAGGAGACCCCCUGCGACAAGGGCCCCUCGACCCCUCCUAACACCUCCUAACUAACCCCUCCUAACUAACCCCUCCUAACUAACCCCUCCCAACUAUGGUUCGCCUGUAUUCGGGCGACUUCAUCUACUUCGGGCGCCUGCCUGCCGAAAUGCGUCUCAUGGUCUGGAAUGGGCUCCUCGACACCAUCGACGACGAGCUCUACAUCGACCGAGACCGGGGCGGCCUCAUUCGAGCCCGCGAGAAGCCGGCAGUUACCGACAUCGCCCUCAGCUGCUGCGAGGCCCACACCGUGGCGCGCCACAUGUUCCCUGCUCUCAACAAGCGCGAGAGCUUCAGCCGCCGCAUCACCCUCUCCACCCUGCUCGGCUUCGCAACUGAGCCCCCCUUAUAUCCGAAGCCGCGGAUGUCCUUCUUCACGGCGGCCGAGAAGGCGAGGAUCCGCUACAUGCACCUUGACAUGUCCGGCUUCUGCGACGAGCAUGAGAAGUGGUACUCGAAGUUGCGCAACCAGCUCGACGUGUUUCAUCUUGUAUUCUGCAAGAAAUUCGCCAACCUCGAGGGGCGGACGUGAAAGCCCAGGACUAUUGGGCCCAGUACGACUUCACAACCUAACCCCCGCGCCAUGCCGUGAGAGUCCGACAUCCUAUCUCGGGAUAUAACCACCGCCACAUUGUCCAUCACGAUCACCGCCCUCUUUCUGGUAGCAUCGGAAGUAAGG